UACCUAUUACUUUUUGUAAACAAAAACAAAUACAGAUAAAGCAAAAUUUUGAACCAAAAGAAUAUUUAAAAAUUAAAUAAUAAACAAUGUCCAAAAGAUGCUCCGCCCAACAUUGCUUUAAUUCCAAUCUAUACACUAAAAAUAUUUCCUAUUUUAGUUUUCCAAAACACAAAAAGUUUGCAGAUCAAUGGGCUGAUUUAGCUGGUCGCAGUGACCUCAAGAAAAAGCCCCUCUUGAGGGUCGUAAAAUAUUUCCUCUGCUCUGAACAUUUUACUGCCAAUUGCUUUGUCGAUAUAGAAACAAAGCAAAAACUUAAAAGAGACCUUCCACAUUCGAUAGCUCUUCCUUCGAUUUUCAAAAACAAUUUACAAGAAACAAUGCAUAUUUCCAAUCCAAAACAAACAAUGGAAGUGCAUAAUAUCAUUUUACUUGAUAGCGUUGAAGAUUUUGGAAGAAAACUAUGUGAAAAUGCUAUUUCUGAUGAAAUAGCUUCUGAUAGUUUGAGUGGAGAUGGAGAAUCAGCUAAUGAAUUUGAAAAGAUAAAUAAAGAACCUUUGGUAACGAAAGUGGAAGUAUUGGAGAAUGUAGAAAUAUUAAAAGAGGUGGAAUAUCCUUGUCAUGAAGAUUAUGGAGAUCUAGACGAAAUACUAUUAGAUAUUGCGACUGUUAAACCACUUCCAAAACAAUGUAGACUUUGUUUUAAAGAAUUGGCAGGUGACGAAGAUACAACACAAUUCGGAGAGUCAUUGCAUUUGCGAGAAUUCAUAACCAGAGUAAUGAGUGAUAAGAUAACCGUUGGUGAUGAAUUUUCACAGAUUGUCUGUAAAAAUUGUGAAAACAAUUCAUUACUUUGCCUCAUCAUAAUCCAACAAAUGGAUGGAACUCAGGAUAAAAUUAUAUCUUCUGCUAAAUAAUUGACGUAGCACAUGCUUGGAAUUCAAAAUUUGCAUGAUGUAAAUACUAAUCGGGAAUAAGAAAUGACUUCACUCUAUGCAUGUGUAGUGUAUAAGUAUCUAAAAUAAAAUAC